AUGGUCUUCUGCCCGAAAAACGAGGUGCCACACCAACCACCGCGAAGCGCCAUGGCCUACUUCCAGCUGCAUAACAAGUUUGUGGCCAUCUUGGGGGACUCCAUCCAGAGAGCUGUGUAUAAAGAUCUGGUGCUUCUUCUCCAGAAAAACUCGCUGCUUACAGCUGCCCAGUUGAAAACCAAGGGGGAGCUGAGCUUUGAACAGGACCGACUGGUGGCUGGGGGCCAGCUGGGUGAGCUGCACAACAGGACACAGUACCGAGAGGUCCGCCAGUUCUGCUUCAGUUCUGGCCACCACCUUGUGCGCUUCUAUUUCCUCACUCAUGUCUACUCGGAGUAUCUUGAGGACAUCCUGGAAGAGCUGACAUACGGACCUGCCCCAGAUCUAGUGAUCGUCAACUCCUGCCUCUGGGAUCUUUCCAGGUAUGGCCGCUAUUCGAUGGAGACCUACCGAGAGAACCUAGAACGAGUAUUUGUGCGCAUGGACCAGGUGUUACCAGUCUCCUGCCUACUGGUGUGGAACAUGGCAAUGCCCCUGGGAAAACGUGUCACUGGGGGUUUUCUCCUGCCAGAGCUGCAGCCCCUGGCAGGCUCUCUGCAGCAGGACGUGGUUGAAGGGAACUUCUACAGUGCUACACUGGCUGGGGACCACUACUUUGAUGUCCUAGAUCUCCACUUCCAUUUCCGGCAUGCAGUACAUCACCGUCAUCAAGAUGGUGUCCAUUGGGACCAGCAUGCAUAUCGCCACCUCUCACACCUGCUCCUGGCCCAUGUGGUUUAUGCCUGGGGUGUAGAGCUGCCCAAGCGUGAUUAUCUCCCUGACCAGUGGAUUAAGGACUGGCCAGAGCUGGAGCAUCCAUUCCAGGGAAGCUGUAGGCAGCCCCCAGACUUCAGGGAGCAGCUGACCUUGCCUUCACCCUCCCCUUGGCCUCUUCCUAUGUCUCUUCCCUACUCACUUCCUCAACCCCAACCACCUCCUUUGUUCCCACCCCUGCCCCAGGAUGCCCCAUUUUUUCCCAGUUCAUUCCUUCCUCCCCAUGAAUUCUUCAAUUGUAAAGCAAUGGAGGACUUCUCAAUGCCACCCAACUUAGGAUAUGGCCUUGGAGUGAACUUUGUGCCUGGCCCUCUGCCACCUUCAGUCCCUGGCCCUGCCUCCAGUGGUCAGCACCAGGGCUCAGUGAUCCACCAGGGCAUGCCACCCAGUGUUUCCAGCAGCCCCUACCAUGUACCAAGGAUGGGAAAACCCAGUAGGCAGCAGCUCAGACACUCAGACAGACUGAUCCACACGUACAAACUGGCUAGACGGGGACAUGCCCAUUCAGGGACAUGGCCUGGGUAGACUGGAUCUUGGGCUGGAGCUUGAGGUGCCAAUAGCCCUGCAAG